CACGCACGUGACUCAUCUGUCUUGCCACGAUAUUGCAUUCGCACGUCUGUAAGCGUUCUGUUCGAUCCUUGAAAGGAAGACUUUUUGUUAACAGAUGGAUAUCAAGAAAGAGAUCAGUGUCCUGGGGCAAUGUUACUUACAUCAAUCCAAGUAUGUUGCCAUAGUAUUGCUGGAGGAGUGCUUGGCAUUACAACAGAAAUACCCUUCAGCUAAUGCUGUCAAAGUGGCGAAUACUAUGAGGCUGUUUGGUAGCUGUUUUAUGGAACAAAAACUGUCUGUAGCAGAAAGAUUAUUGAGAGAUUUUGUUGAUACAAAAAAUUCUGCUCUUCUGGAAGGUCAUCCUGAUCUUGAAUGUGGUCAGUUAACACUUGCUCAGUGUCUGCACCAUCAAGGUAAAGUAAGUGAAUCAAUCAAGCUGAUGGAGUGUGUCAGGAUCUAUAAAUCAUCUUUUCAUCUUGAACAUCGUCAUGUGGCUGCAGCUGUUAGUCAACUUGGAUAUUAUUUACUGGUAGCUGGACAUUUGGAUAAAAGCGAAAACAUUUGGAGAAUCUCUUGCCAUAGUCAGACAUUCACUACACAAGAAACAUCCUGAUACAGCAAUUGCAUUGAAAGGGUUGCAGAAUGUCUGAUGAGAAAAGGGAAGAACAUUGAAGCAGAAAAAGUUCUCUUUGAAGCUGUCAACAUUGAAGCAGUUUGGCUCCAUGAAAAUCAUCCCAACAAAAUCUACAGUCAGAAUUUGUAUGAGAAACUCAAAUGGUCAUUGUGGCGAGAUGUUGUAGAAGUGCAGUAUCCAACUGAAUAUCUACAAGGCAAAGUGGUGGAGUUUUACCUCACACUGAAAGCAGUUCACAAACUAUCCACAGCAGCUGAUUUGCCAAAUUCCCAUUUACCUUCUCACUCUCCUUCUCUUCCAGAUGAAGAACAGGAAGCAUCCUACUUUUGUAGCGAAGAGGGUCUACAUUCUUGUGGCUUUACAUCUUCAUCAACAUCACAAAGGGAUAGUACUUCAUCACAAAGAUCAAUAUUACAACAACCUGCCAAUGUACACACUGUCAGUCAAUGUGCUGUCGGUCCCAGUUAUAGCAAAGUUCAAGAGAAAAGCUCAUUGCUAGUUCGUCCUCUUGUUGGAAGUGAAGUUCCUUACACAGGAUGUACUUUCCGGUACAUAGAUACUACAGGUCAGACAGUUGAAGAAGUUCCAGGAGAAAGGCUGGAUAGUCGUACAAUAGAAACUGUUACUCCUGCUUGGCCACAUGCUGAUCGAGUGGAGAUACACAUAUUUUCCUCAGAUGGUCAAACUCGUUUGGGAUAUUUUGUACACGUUUUCAUUGAUCUGUCUGCAAAGGUGUUACCUGAUUAUGAGGGUGACAGCAGCAUGCUACCAGGAGUAGUAGAUCAAGGAAUAGAGAAAGAACAUCCUUCAGUUCGGCCAGUCUGUGUUGCGAAGACGAGGAGAUUGUCAAGUUAGAGACUUGCAAUCAAUUGUGUCUGAUUUACAGUUUCUUGAGGUUGGCAUGGAUGUCAGAAGUCAUUGGUAUGAGAUUGGUAUUCGUCUUGGAGUCGUAAAGAUCGUCGUCGUCCCCCCCCCCCCGUAACUAGGCUGCUCGCCUCAUACAUGUCUUCUCACUGUGGAGAAAACGAGAGCAGAAGGCAACUAUUGCAAUACUCCUGGAAGCAUGCAGACAAGCAAGUGUCGGUGCAGGCAUCAGAGAAAGCAGUGAAGAAGGCACUAAAUCAAAAGUGAAAUUGGAUGGAAUUACAUACACUCAAGGACUUGAAUUUCAGUUAAGUUUUUUACAUUUUUCUAUUGUAUCUAGACUGAUGUCAUUGACUCAAGGAUUUCCUAAUUGUUGCUAGUAACAUAUCCAUCUACUGUAUCACA